AGUGUCGCGUCUCACUCCCACUCAUCGACUCUGCUCUGCUGAAGGCUGCGCUUUUCUCCCGACAUCUUGACAACCAACCUCUCGUUUCGCCACCAUGACCCAGUUAGAGACAGCCAUGGGCAUCCUGAUGAAGACCUUUGAUACUUAUGCUGGUACUGAGGGGAAGAAAGACACUCUGUCUAAAUCUGAGGCCAAGAAAAUGCUGGAGAAGGAGCUGCCGGCUCUGCUUCAGGCAGCGAAGAACAACCAGGAGGUGGACCAGCUGCUGGCAGGUCUGGACAUGAAUGGAGACUCCGAGGUGGACUUCUCUGAGUUUGUGGUGCUCGUAGCCGCUCUGACCUGCGCCUGCCAUGGCCGCUGUGCGAAGAAGUGACCGCACCGUCGAGCGUAAAACACCUGUGAUAUGUUACUAUGUUACCAUAUGUUUUUGUAGUGACUCAAUAAAUCGGACUUAUUCACCUGA